GCUCGCCUCGCUACGUGAAAAUAUUUUGACCUUUAAACUCAAUGCAAACAAUAGUUGUCUCGGCGGGUUUGACAAGUUGUACAUUUAUUCAUUUGACCUGAUUUUCCGCUGAAUUCAAUGGUAUCGGUCGGUGCAGCUUCCAUCAUGGAAAGGACUUACAAGUGGUAAAGCAAGAUCGACCACCAUGUUAGCAAGCUGCCUGAAACGCCGACCAUCUGACAGAACAUUUUGCAAGAAAAAUAAUCCGAUGGCUUCACCGUCGCGUUCCUUGAGCUGUAACAGCUGUUCUACUGGUAGAACUGUCAAGUUUGCAGAUUUCUUUGGAAAGCGACUUGAAUAUGUAAAAACAAUAACUCCCAAUUCAAGUUUCGAAGAUUUUUCCUCUUUAGAAGUUUAUGGUGACCAAGAACGACGAAAACCGUUGAAUUUUAACCGAAACAUCGAACUUCGUGAAAACUGCAGUGAAUGGAAAGAGGCCGAAUUACCUAAAGCCCCAAAAUGGUCAAAACCAAAAGAGAAUUCAGUUGAAUUUCUUUGCCGUUAUUUACCUCAGCCUCUUUUCAGAACAGAUUUUUUCCAACGAUUUGAAAAGAGCAGCGUUCUCCUUGAAAAUAUUUUUGUUUCGUCAUCUCGCAAUGUGCUGAUUGGAGUAAUACGCGUCAAAAACCUUGCCUACAAAAAAGAGGUUUUUGUCCGACACACUUUUAAUGAAUGGAAAGAGCACAAAGACGAGAAAGCAGAAUUCGCUUAUCAAUGUUGUGAUGGCAGAGCAGACAAGUUUCUAUUUCAACUGAGAAUUCAUCGCUCUGAUAGCCAGCAGAACCGAGGAGCGGUACAGUUUGCAAUUUGCUGCAAAAUGAACAUUUUUGAGUUCUGGGAUAACAAUAAUGGAAGCAAUUAUAGGGCUGAGUACUCGACAAUACUGUAAUUAAACUGUGUGGAUUUAAACGUCAGUUAAUGCRKACCCUACACGGAACAAAAGAACACUAUGACAAGGCCGCAGGGUCGCAAUAAUUUAUAAAAGAGAAUAGAAGGAGAAAAAAACUUUAAUUGUAAGAAACAAAUGCAUAACAAUAUGGAUGCAUUUUUCAUGUCAUGCAUGUAKAUUUCUUGAUGACAAGUGGAAUUAUAGGCUACAUUUGGUAAUGUAUGGUCYAAUAUCAUAAAAGUGUCCUCAGUGUCUGAAGAUAUAACUUGAGAAUUGUAGCCUGUACGUGUACAUCCGUUUCUCUCGGAUCGUAUCGUUCUCUCCCAGAUUUUUUGUGAGUGAUGAGAAACGGAUGUACACAGYCUAGAGAACUGGGGUAUUUGUCUUUGUCUUUGAGGCUGGGAAAUGGGAUUA